AUGAGCGUGGAGUGUGAGUACCAGGAGGCGUUCGUGGAUGACAUCAAAUACUGGUGCAAACACCCGUGUAUGUCACCAUGGAGGAUUGUGGAGACCAGAGAGUCAGAGAGAGAAAUGAGGAGGGGCCGCGUGUCCAUCAGAGACCGUCCUGCAAGCCUCACCUUCACAGUGACCUUGGAGAGCCUCAGAGAGGAGGAUGUGGGAACGGUCAGGUUCACUCUGAAGGUGACCCUGUGUCUAUUCCUGGACUUCUCUGGCCAGCCCUAUGGGGCGGGGACCAGCAGGGCCAGCAGAGGGCAUUGCAGUGUCGUGGAGGGCUCCUGGGGCCCCAGCUUCGCAGUGGUGGUCCUGGGGGUCUGCAGAAGCCUCUCUAUGACAGCCACCAGCCCCAAGAGGUCCACAAGCACCCCUGAGUCUCCCACUACCUUGGCAGUGCCCACCUGGAGCGCAGUGUCCGGGCAGGAGGCCCCUGAUCCCAGCCAAGCGCAUCGCGUCCACUUCCUGCUCCUGGUCUUCCUGAAGGUGCCCGUGCUCCUGGGCAUGCUCCGUGCUGCCCUCUGGGUCAACAGGCCUCUGAGGAGCUCUGCGGACAGACAGAGUCAGUCCAUUUACAAGAACUGGUAG